UAAUAUAAAAUCAAGGUUCGCAUUGGGUAAGUCCGAACCCAAUCCAACAUGAAAUAAAAAAGGCUCUAUUCAUACUUUGUACAAAAAAAACGCAUUGCUCCAUUUUCCGACGAUUCCUCUAUCUGCGAUUAUCAUAGAAAAUUCUCCGGCAAUUCUGAGAUGGAGGGUUGGGAUCCGAAUACCAAAUCAACUCUCACACAGAUCCCUUUGUUGACAAUCAAGGCCGGUCCACGCGACGGCGCGGCAUGGACACAGCGGCUGAAGGAAGAGUACAAGGCCCUAAUAGCUUAUACAUCAAUGAACAAAUCCAAAGACAACGAUUGGUUUCGUAUCUCUGCGGCUAAUCCUGAAGGUACUCGUUGGAAGGGUAAGUGUUGGUACGUGCAUAACCUUCUCAAGUACGAGUUUGACCUCCAGUUCGAUAUCCCUGUUACUUACCCUGCCACUGCUCCUGAACUCGAGUUGCCUGAACUUGAUGGAAAGACUGAAAAGAUGUAUAGAGGGGGGAAAAUAUGCUUGACCGUGCAUUUCAAGCCGCUAUGGGCGAAGAAUUGCCCCAGAUUUGGCAUUGCACAUGCUCUCUGUUUGGGUCUUGCACCAUGGCUUGCAGCGGAAAUUCCUGUUCUUGUUGAUUCUGGCAUGAUUAAACACAAAGAUGAUGUGGCCACAUCCAGUGAAUCUUGAAAAGGAGAUGAAAUUUAGCAUGGUGAAAACUGUAAACUUUAUGGAGUUACUUGAAAGUGUAAUUUUCCCCUCAAAUUUAUCAUAAAUGAAUCACAUUGAGGAGUCAAUAGUUUCAUGUUAUGUAAGCCAGUUGAACCUGGCACUUUGAGAUGCAACUGUCAUAUCUGCUGAUUUAUUUGAACCUGUGCUGUAUGCCCUCAAAUUUGUUUGGACUAGUGGUUCCCAUUUUUUUCCGUGAAUCA